AUGUCCGCCGAUCUCGACGAACUAGCCUACAACCUCUCCCCCUCCGAAUCCUCGCCCGGCUGGCCCACUGCCGCCGAUCUCCAGCACGGCUCACGCGAGCGCAAGGAAAAGGCGUGGCGGCAUGUUUUGCUGGGGAAGCAGAUUGUGAGUGUUGUUGAGAAGGGGAUGGAGGAGACGCAAGUGUCCCAGUCAAUAUUACCGGAGAACCAUCGGUUUAUCGGUGUUGGGCGACUGGAGCUCAUGGAUUAUAAUGAAGAUCGACUUACUAUUGAUGUGGAUGAGAAUACGGUGGUGAGAGAAGUUAGUUUCAGGUAG